AGAGGAGGGCCGAAGCCCAGUCAGCAGGUCUCACACAAGCUGGUGUGUGUGUGUGUGUGUGUGUGUGUGUGUGUGUGUGUGUAUGCAGCCGAAACUUUCCUAGAGACACACUCGCACGCUCUCCUCCCUCCUGCUCUCCUCUGUCCCGCUCUCCUCCUUCUCCUCCUUCUCCCCUCCCCUCCUCCUGCACACCUUUGUGUUGUUUUCCUUGCCCCCUCUCCCUCUCCCCUCCCUCUCCAGCCUCACUAGUUUCCCCCUCUCUCCACCCUGCCCUGCACGAGUGUGGUUAGUGUGCGAGCUGAGGGCGCGCGGGCCAAGAUGCUGCUGAUGCUGCCGCUGUUUGGGCUCCAGGUCGCCGUCAGGGCCCACUGAAGGAGACACGGCCGCAGGUGUUGCCAGGGGGAUUCAGCACAGCGCCCCGAGGAACCCGACGACUUAUCGCCUUUCACGUUCGUUUUCCUCAUCGCCAGUUGCAAUUUCAAGAGAGACAAAAACAAUGAGGACCAAGUUGCGUCAACUGGUUGUGCAGCUCUUUCUCCUAGGAGCGUUGCUCCGUGUGGUGGACAGCAAGGGAACUUUCUACGGCGGUCAUGUCAACCCGUUCUACGGAAACAGAUACAACCUGUUCAAGGGCGGACUCAACGCUCACCAUUUACCAAACAAGCCCAUGACCCGUCACAAGAACCACUGUGCCUAUGUGGUCCAGAGGAACAUUACCUGCACCAUGCAGGACGGGGUGGCCACCUACGUGAAGGCAGAGUAUACCACCAAGUGCAUCUGGGGUCAGAAGUGUCCUGUUGUUGUGUACAGGACGUUCUACAAGCCAAAGUACAAGGUGGGUUUCAAGACAGUGACUGAGCUGGAGUGGAGGUGUUGUCCAGGCUACUCUGGAGAACAGUGCCACGACGGACCCACAUCGUCGCCUGACGCCGGAUUUCCCCAUCGCCCGGGGAUAAGGGGUUUCCCCCACGGCCCGAGACCUCCGGUGGACCAGAAGCCUGAAGGAGGCCAGCUGGAGCCAGGCAACCCUUUCCCCAGUGUGCCUGACCAAAGACCAAUACCCACAGGACAACUGCCUGCAGGAAGCGGAAAACCAAACUAUGGAAACAAAUUUGGUAUUUCUGGAGUGACCGGUGAACGUUUGGACCGUAUGGAGGAGGACCUGAGACGCCUCACCCAGGGUCUGGACACUCUCAACGGGGUGGUGGCCGGUCUUGAGGAGCGACUGCGCACGUCCCUCAGAGAAGACACCAACAAAAUCCUGGUGUCUCUGCUGCCCAGCGGUCCCCGUGUGCCUGACUCGACCGUGGGAUUUGGGGCGAUCCCCGAUGGGACUCCCGAUGGAGUGGAGGGAGGACAAAGCUUCAAUGGAUUUGGGGACUUAGCGGGGAGAGUGACAGAAGUGAGCGAUGAGCUUCGAGCCAAGACUCACAUCCUCGAGGAGAUUCAGGGAAUGGUCUUGGGCCAUGAUGGACAGCUGAAGAGGCUGCUGGACGGAGCCCGAGGCAGUCCCAUCCCCGGCCCCGGCACCACCGCUCAUCUCGAUGAGAUCCUGGACGCCAAGUUGAAUGGCGUGCGGGCUGAGAUCCUGGAUCGCUUCGAGAGCCGUCUGUCUGGCCACGAGAACAACUGUGACAAGAAGAUGGGGGAGGUGCAGAGCCAGUGCCACCGGGAGCACAUGGAUGGCCAGGAGCAGAUGCAGCAGAGUCUGGACGGAAGGGAGACCGGGCUCAGGGAGGAGUUGGGCUCCCUGCAGGCUCAGAUCCAGGGCCUGACUCUGACCGAGAGCUGCUGUGGACAGGUCAACAGCCUGUCCCAGCGUGUGCUGCUGCUGGAGGAGUCUGUGAAGGGUUUGACCGAAUCUCAGCGACAGCUCCAGACCGCCCUCGCCGACCAGAGCAUCCACGUGGAGACGCUGAUCGAGACCCGCCUGGUGGACAUAGAGGGCCGCCUCAACGCCACAGAGGGCGGACCCGACGGAGCAGGAGGGCUCUCUGGGGGUCUGGAUGGCUUCAAGACCAUGCUGGAGGACAAGUUGAAGACCCUGGAGGAGAGAGUGUUUGUGGCUGUGGAGGAGCUGAGUAAUGCCACGGCCCCUGCACUGCUGGAAGGCCAGGUGGUGCCAGCGCUGGAGACGGAGAUCGAGUCUGUGAGGAGGAGAGUGGAGGGAGACCUGGACGGCAUUCAGAAACAGUUGGUAGACCUGGAGCUGCUCUGCACCUCCUCCUGCUCACCCUCCACCCCACCAGCAGGGGGUGUCAGUGUCACCGACGUGGAGGAGGUGUGUGAGGGGAUGGAGAAGAAGAUGACGGGCCGCCUGGACUCUCACUCCAACCAGCUGGACCGCCUGAACCACACCCUGCACAGCCUACUCUUCAGGAUCGCACAGGAGGAAGAAGAGGGCUCCGUCCAUGGGGAGAUCACCCUGCUGAAGGUCAACAUCAACUCUGUGAACCGCACGCUGAAGGGCCUGAAGGACUCUAUUAGGUACAUCGCAAGUGAAGUGGGCCACGCCAACAGCACCUGGGAGCAGAGAGAGCACCAGCUCGUCAACCAGGUCCAAGGAAUUACCAAACUAGUGGGCCACCAAGCCUCCCUGCUGGGGGCCGGGGAGAGGCGGCUGGCCCAGCUGAAGGGAGAACUUGUGUCGCUGAAGAGGCGGCUGUCCGGGGAGCUGCAGGGCUGCAGGAGCACAGCGAUAGAAGUGCAGAGAGAGGUGAAGGACUUUGACAGCAGGGUGAGCCAUGUCGAGGGCCAGUGCAGCAGCCUGGGGGAGCUGGCGGAGCACCUGGAAAGGAUCCGGGCGGAGCUGGAGAGACACUCGGAAUCGUACCUGGCCCAGGUGAAUGGCACCCUGGCCGUCCACUCCGAGCAGCUAGCUGAGCUGAAAGGAGAGGUCAAAGACUGCGCGGCCAAGGAGGCGGCAAACCAAAAAGGAGACCAGUAGCAUCUGAGCUACAGAUUCUUUUUUCUUUCUUUCUUUCAAGAGACUUUAUGUGUGCUUCUCGUUAGGCUCAAGCGACUUCCUCUGAUUCUCUCUUCUCUUUUUCAAAUCCCAUUUGCACAGAUGCAAAUUAACUGAACCGGUGAAAGACAUUUCCCAUAAGCAUCCCAGCCCAGUGCCUCCAGAUGUCCCGGGUAUUUGGUUUAGUGAAGUGAGGGGAAGCAGACGCAGAAUACAAAGACACACGUGUGGGUGUAUGGCUGGGCAAUAUUUUCCCUCGAGAUUUUAUUCUGUAGGGCAUUUUUUUCCUCUCUCUCUCAGAUCAUGAUUGUUUUGUUUUCCAUAUUUUACCUUUUUUUUUAACUUAUAUGAGGUGACUGCAUUGAUAUGAUGUUAAACUGUUUGUAUUAGAGAAAUAAUUACAGUACAAAGUGAAUGAUAUGGGACUAAUACGCUGCUACGGGUUUCUACUGGCCAGCACACUCAACAUCCUCUGUGUGGUCACUUGUCUGGUCUGUUGUUGUUUUUUAAGAAUACUGUACAUCCACUUGGUGCUAUUUACGUUUUUUGUAAACUCCUGUUUUACACAAUGUUUAAAAAUGUGUUUCUCUUUGGACAAUUUUGUUUGUUUUCUUGCCACAUUGCUCCAAGUUGCCGAGGAGUUCCAUAAUUCACCAUUGGAGGACAGUGACGACACAUUUCAUGGCAUGGUAGAUGGAAAAGAAAUAAAAUCUUAAACACUCA